UUCGCCAAACCAGUCGAUUUUCGAGAAAAAUGCAGUGGCAGAAGGAGGGUAAACUGACCAUACCUGAGUUUAAGGGAUUCCUUGCCGUUUUUUAUAACAUGGACUUAAUUAGGAAAGUAUCAUUUGAAGAAUAUUGGAAUAAGCACAGUCCAUCGCAGUCUACACCCUGGUUCCGUUGUAUGUUUAGUCGAAACCGAUUCCAAAACAUCUUAAAAUUUUUGCACCUGGUGGACACCAAAAAACCCCCUAGGCGUAAUGAUCCAGCUUACAAACCAUCUCAAAGGUUCAAACCGUUACUUGAUUUCGUUAACAGGAAAUGUUUACGGUAUUAUAAUCCCCGCAGAGAACUUGCUGUAGAUGAAUCCCUUGUUGGUACAAAAGGAAAGACAAGUAUGUUACAGUAUAUACCAAGUAAACGUUCAAGGUUUGGCGUUAAAUUCUGGAUGUUGGUCGAGUCCGUCACCGGGUAUGUUUUACAGAUGGAUAUAUAUCACGGGAAACGUUUCGAUCCCACUCCUGCUGGAGCAUUACAAGGAACAAAUGUAGUAAUAAAUUUAAUGAAGAAUUCGCAUCUUCUUGGGAAAGGCUUUCAUGUUUUCGCCGAUAGCUUUUUUGCUUCACUUAAUUUAGCUAACAAAUUAUUGAGAGAGCGUACGUAUCUCACAGGCACAAUGAGAACUAAUAGACCUAUGCCACAGAUCAUGUGCAAGAAUAUGUCACAUUUCCAAGCGAGAUAA